CGGGGGCGGGCGCCAUGGCGGGCGCGGGGCGGUGGGCGGCGGACGGGACCUGGCCGGGCCGCGGGGGCCGCAGGGCCGGGCGGCGGAGCAGACCCGAGAGCCGCCGCGAUGUCUUCCGUCGCCUCCUACGAGAGCCUGGUGCACGCCGUGUCCGGGGCCGUGGGCAGUAUGACUGCAAUGACUGUAUUUUUUCCUUUGGAUACAGCUAGGCUUAGACUUCAGGUUGAUGAGAAGCGGAAAUCUAAGACAACACCGGCAGUUCUUUUGGAAAUAAUCAAAGAAGAAGGCUUGUUGGCACCAUAUCGAGGAUGGUUCCCUGUUAUCUCCAGCCUUUGCUGCUCCAAUUUUGUUUAUUUUUAUACAUUUAAUAGUCUUAAAGCCCUCUGGGUCAAAGGUCAGCAUUCAACCACUGGGAAAGACUUGGUUCUUGGGGUUGUUGCAGGUGUAGUGAAUGUACUCUUGACCACUCCUCUUUGGGUAGUGAACACACGUCUGAAGCUGCAGGGAGCAAAAUUCAGAAAUGAAGACAUUGUACCAACUAAUUAUAGAGGCAUAAUAGAUGCCUUCCAUCAGAUAAUAAGAGAUGAAGGAGUCUUAGCUUUGUGGAAUGGUACUUUCCCCUCCUUGCUUCUGGUCUUCAAUCCUGCCAUACAGUUCAUGUUUUAUGAAGGCUUUAAACGAAAGCUUUUGAAAAAGCAGCUGCAACUCACAUCUUUGGAUGCUUUUGUCAUUGGUGCAAUAGCCAAAGCAGUUGCCACGACCCUCACUUAUCCUCUGCAGACAGUGCAGUCAAUUCUGAGGUUUGGACGCCACAGGUUGAACCCAGAGAACCGAACACUAGGCAGUCUUAGAAAUGUUCUUUACCUUCUUCAACAGAGAGUGAGGCGUUUUGGAUUAGUGGGACUCUACAAAGGCCUUGAAGCAAAGCUCCUGCAGACAGUCCUUACUGCUGCUCUUAUGUUUCUGGUAUAUGAAAAACUGACUGCUGCAACCUUCACAGUCAUGGGAUUAAAGCACUCACGCAAACACUGAUAAAGGAACCUACGCCAAAGAUUAUGGGGUCUAGGAAACACAUUCCGUUUUUGAGACCAGGCUGGGUAACAAAGGGUCCUCACUUCCUCUGCUUCUUUUUUUUAGCCACCUCCGUCUCCAGUAUUUGGAGAAUCUGGAA